AAUGGAUUAAAGCAAUUUUCAAAAAGACUUGAUUGAAUCAGAAGAAGCAUUUAUUGAGUAAUUCGACAGAAAUUCAGCCAAUUUUCAUCAAGGCAAUCCAACAGUAGUUCCAGUAGGAGGAUAAAGAAUACCUGAAUCAAUGCCAACAAUGUACCCUGAACAGGUAUAAUAGAAUGCAUCAUAAAAUGUAAGGAUUUACAAAAUUAUUUGAAUCCCCAGGAGUAGGAUUUUGGUCCAGAAUACAAGUUGUUAAUGCAAUACAAGGAAGUCUUAGAUUUAUUAAAAAAAGUAAACUUAAUAUGUAAUGUAUUAGUCUCUAAAUAAAAUAUCUGCUCAUCAUGAAGCACUUUUACGUAACUAAGAGAAUUUAAAGAAAUCCGAGAAUUAGGUUCAAAUUUAGAAGUUCUAAGGCUUGAUUGAUACUGAAAAGGCCAAUUUAAAAAAUACAAUUUAAUAAUUGGAGGGACAUACAUAGUUUAUUCUUUAGCAAGAUAGGUAUAUAUAUAAUAUCAAAUAUGUUUAGAUUCUAGAAUAAAUACAAUGAAUUAUUGUAGAUCCUAUCUUUGGCAUUUAAGAGUUACAAUUCUAAAGAGGAGCUUUUUGAGUUUGGCACAUUGAUUAAAAAUAUGACAUCCUUAAUAUUCAAAGAUAAUUAGAAAUUGACAGAAGAUAUAAAAUUGAUUAAGAAAUAAAAGAAGUGA